AUGGCUUUCGUGGCAACAUUGGCUCGUCGGGCAGCUGCAAAAGCUGGUGAGGCCGGAAAAGACACAGUGUUGAAGAAGGGCGCCCGCCGGGAUCCUGAGCUUUAUAUUCUCCUAGGUGUCAUGUCGGGUGCCUUUGGUCUCGCAGGAUUCUACUUCGGUCGCAAGCCCACAUCCGCCACCUCAGAAGCCGAAGUCUCGGUUGCUCAGAGCUCCAUGCCGUGGCAGGUGGAUCAUGACCAUGAUGACCACUCCAAGCACUUCAAAUAUCAAUAUCAUCCUAAGGGCGACAAGAACCAGACCCCCAGAAACGCCCCCAGCGCCUUGAAUACGGUUAUUGUGCCCAACGUGACUCUGCCCAAGGCCGUCCACGAUGCAUUCAACAAAUGGGGAAAAGAAAACUACUAA